UUAAACGGUAAAACGUACUUAUUGAAUUACAAGGAAGAAGAAAAAGUAACUUGCAACAUGGCGACUCCCAUGCACAGGAUAAUAGCAAGGAGGCAAGCGGAGGCGAACAAACAACAUGUGCGCUGCCAGAAGUGUUUGGAGAUGGGACACUGGACCUAUGAAUGCAGCGGGAAGCGGAAAUAUGUGCAUAGACCGUCACGAACGGUUGAGAUGAAAAAGAAACUCAAGGAGAAUGAAAACAAACCUCUCAGCAUCACUGGACCAGGAAAUGAAGGCUCCAGUGAGAAGAAAAUCAAAAAGAAGGUUAAAGAUUCCGCUGACAGCAGCAGUGAUUCAGACGGCUCCUCAAGUGACUCAUCAACAGACAGCAGCGACUCCUCCAGCUCCUCUUCAGAUGACAGCGACAGCAGCAGUGACAGCGACGAUGACAGCUCUUCCUCCACUUCCUCCUCCUCCUCUUCGUCCUCCAACAGCUCCGACUCAGGAAGCAGCAGCGAUUCAGAUCAAGGACCUCCAAAGAAGAAGAAAAAGAAGAAAUAAAUAAAUGUGUUGGAUUUUUUUUUUUCCUUGUGUGAUCCUGAGGUUAUUUUAGCUGUUCACAAGUUGUUUUCUAUUAAAUACAUCAUACUUGGUUGGAUGUGAAGGGACAGGACACUUUUUGGGCUGCGAAUCCUACAGUUGCUUAACAUAUGUACAGUCUUAAAAAAUAGUGAUUAGAAAAGGUUUUUGUUAUGCAACUUUUAUUAAUGUGAUAUAUUCUCAAGUUUGUAGAUCUACUAAAGAUAUACAUUUCAAACUAAUGUGCAUAUUCAUGUUCAUUUAGUUAUUUUGUACUAAAGUAUAUUUUUUAGUAAAACUUGAUCUGUUUAGCUAAAAAUCAGAAUAAAGCAGUACCUAUGUAGUAAUGAAAAAAACACCUAUAUGAGACAUUAUUAAAGAAUACAGAAUACAAUUUUUGUUUGUAAAAAAAAAUGUGCAUUAGUUUCAAACUAGAGGAUUGUGCUGCUGGUUUUAAGUUGUUUCACUGCUUCACUUUGAAAUAAACUGGUUCCUGUUUUUAAGUUUC